UUCCCGUGUCAAGAUGGAUAAUCGACUACCACAACCCCCGACUCAGCCCUUUGCGGCCACCCACUCUGCCACCUCGCAGCCCUCAUCGACGUCGCAUACUCCUCAACACAGUCAAACCGCGCAGCCACCAGUCCAGAUUCCUUUCUCAGAUCCCUUCCACACUCGCGACCCAUUCAUGCCCUCGUCUACUCAGCACACUAGACGCGACAGCUACAGCAUUGGUCCUGCGACCCCUGCCAUGGGCACACCGUACGAAAGAGCUUGGAGCACACAGCCACAACCCCCAGCGCCGCUCGACCCCCCUCCACCACCGCCUCUCUCUUAUUCCUCCCGUAACAUGCCGCCGCCCUCGCCCACUUCAGGUCCAAACUCUUCUGCAUUCUCCAUGCCUGCCCCGCGUCAUACCACAUCCGCAUCGCCUUACGUUGGCUCGAGAGAUCUGCCGCCAUUCAACUCGAGACCUGGCGCAACCAUGUCCAUCUCAUCCUUGAUUGGCGGCGAUUCCUCGCGCCAUGGUAACCACUCGCCAAAGACUGUUGCGACCGCCCCAUCGCCUCCUAUGAAGCCUAUACAUCCCUCGUCUCCGCAAAGAGCUCGUUCAGCUAGCACAAGAGCCCUGAAUGGCCACUUCCCGCGACCACUCAGUCCCACUAGUAUUAUGCAAGCCCAAAGGCAGUCGGAUUCCAUGUCUCAGCAAUUCCACCAAUCUGCUCUUCAUCAGCCUCCACACAUGUCUCAACACAACGCCGCUCCAGGCUUCCGUCCCUUCCAGUCGUCUCCUCCAUCGGCUCAACACGAAGAACAUCAACCAUACCUAGGCCAUGCGCCUUCUCGUCCGAACAGUCAACCCAUGCACGCUCACCUCGACCAAGAGCUACGAAAUCGCCAAGAUAUGCACGACCGACCUCCUCCGCGUCAUCCUUCCGCCUUCCCACCAUACGCCGACCACAUGGGCAGACCUGGUCCCUCGUCGCAGCCGCCUUCGAGACCUGAUCUCGAGCGACAGGAGCUCAACGGGAAUGGCCAUCACCAGCUCCCUCAUACCAUGUCGCACACAGCCCGUUCCACGCCCGCACCUCCGCCCCCACAUCAGCCAUACGGUCGCCUCAAUUUUGGUUCUGCGCGAGAAGAGUAUCCUGGAUUGUUCCGUCCUGCAGUACAGGCGCCGACUAGGGAAGAGAUGGAACAACGUGGUCCUCACAAUGAGAUGCUCAGUCGACCUGAACACCGACACACACCCACCAUGAAUGGCAUGGAUGAUCGACAGAGGCCAAAUGCCGCGCAUUACGCCAUGUAUGGUCCACCGGGCUACGAAGCGAGAGAAGGAGAUGAACAUCCAUUGCAACGAGCGUUCCUAGGUGUUGCAUCAGAGAUCAGGCACAAAAAUGGACGCGCAUCGCCGCUACCACAAGCAGUUCAUGGAGCACAGCCACGGCAUACCGGUCCUGGAGCAGAUCCUGGCGUCAAAAGUGAGUUUGGUCGAAUGUUUUCCGGUCUCGGCAGUGGUGUUGGUAGUAAUACUCCCACAGCCGGCAUCGCAACCCCUUCACGCGGCAGUCCCGCCAGGCAGGCCGAUGCGAACGACGACACCGACAGCAGAAAGGCUCGAAGUAGAUUGCGAGAAGAUACUCGAGAGGACAGCGACAGUGUGGAUGGUAGAAACACUCCUACUGCCAGUCAGAGGGGUAGCAAACGUCCAAAGACGGCGCAUCCACCACCACCACCUCAUCACCACCAUCAUCAUGCCCAUGCCCAUCACCAUCACCACCAUCAUCAUGGCAUGCCAGAAGAACAAAUGUCUCACGGCUCUGCUCCUUUCCAUCCUCUCCGCUUUCCCUCUAACGCAAGUACGCCACAACAAGCUGGAAAUGCUGCUCCACCUCCUCAUCAUCACCAUCAUCACCAUCAUCACGCCGUUCAUGCCCAUCCACCUCAUCACCACCAUCACAACGUGAGACCUCCGCCUAUACCUUCGACGCGCAAACCUCAAACUACUGUCUCUAAUCAGGAGUUGCUUACGUCCGUCUCGUCUCUGCCGCGAAAACACCUUGGAAGUCAAGUCUACUCCACCAAGCUUAGUCUGCCUCCAAGAGAGUCUACACCACUCGACUUCAAGUAUCACUUCAAGAGCUCUGUCAAGCCGAUCCCACGCUUUGAAGACAAGGCGAAUUGCACUUUCACUGUUCGCGUUCCGCGCGCCUACCUUGGUGCCUCUAAUGUCGUCGAAGAAGAUGGUGAUACCGUCGCUGGUGGCCUGGAGGAGAUCUGUAAGACCCGCGCAGUCUGGGGAUCUGAUGUCUACUCGGACGACUCUGACCCUAUUGCUGCCGCUGUCCACUCCGGCUGGAUCCGUGGAGACUUUGGAGAGCAUAACGAAGAUCUCCGCGAGCUGUUCAAGGAAAGUCAAGCCGAAGAUGGCUCCGAGACUCCAGAACUCGGCAAACUGUACACAGAAAAGCCCGCAAGACCACUACGUGCACCAUCGAAGGCAGACUUGCACAUCACACUGCUCAUUCUGCCAGCGCUGACCUACUACACGGCCUCGACUCAAAACUUCCUGCGUUCUCGAGAAUGGGGAUCUGACCACGAUGGUGUCAGCUACAUGAUUCACUCCAUCGAGUUCGUGGAGGAGAGCGCGUCCAACAGAUUCGUCGAACGAAGUGCUGCUGCCAAACAUCAGCGCAUCAAAGACGAUCUCGCUCGUAGAAAAGAAGCAGCGGAAAGUCUGCUUGGGUUACUGCAGGGUUCGAGAGGGAACAUGACUCCUGCUAGUUCUAAUGUCUCUGUCGGUGCU